UUGAUACGUGUUUGUGGGCCGAGCGGAGGAUCUACUUUCCUCCAUAUAAAGACACACGUUUCCUUUUAUGGCACAGCCGCUCCUUAUAUGGUCAACGGCACGAGCACGCCCCUAGCACUGCCAGCACGUGCAGACAUUUAGGAGGAGGACAGGUGAGGAAGAAUUCAAAUGUUCUGUAUAUACCCUCACUACCUGCUGACAAGAACUGAUUAUUGAUCAUGGAUUGAUUAUUGAUCAUCAGCAGCUGACUGCAGUCUACCUUCUGGCCACUGGGCGGCGCCUCAGGUUCGUGUUCGUCCAGCACCCAAUCAGAGCAGAGAACUCAGAACAGCCUCCUCUAGAACUUCUGCAGAACUUUAGGAACCUAAAGGAGAACCUGGAGGCUCCUUCAGGAUCCAUCAUCCAGUAGAUCGGUUCUCCUCCCAGAAACACUGCCUGCAGUUCAGCCUGGACCUCUCUGGAUGUUCUGGUCUCAGCUGGAGAACCAGAACCAGGAGGAGGUUCUGGCUGUAUAGGAUCUAGUUUGUUCAAACACCUUUUUGUUUGAAACCUGUAGAACCCGAGUAGAACGCUGACGUUCUCGCCAAUCUGCUGGUCAGAAGAUAAUCAGUCUGAGCCAGGAUCAUGGUUCUGAAUCCUGAUGCCACAACAUCAGCUGAUCAGAUGGAGAUCAUCUGCCAGCAGGACACCGGAGCUCUGAGGAGUCCGUUAGCUCGUUAACUGAGCCUCCAUAAAGGUGAUCUAAGGUCAUCUCAACAGGAAGUCCUCAGUAAAAGAACCAUCUACUGGACAACGCGAGGAUGGAGCUCCAGGAGGAACUAGCUGGAGGUUUUGGAAGACGUUUACCUCCAGCUAGCUCCUCCUGGAGCUCCACCUUCUCCAGGACCUGGAUGAACCCCCUCAGAAAUCUGAACUGAUGACAUCAUGGGGAGAUCGGCCAAUCAGAGGUGUUACCUGAAGCUGCACCAGGAUCAGCUGCUAUAUUUACCUCAGAUUAGCAGCAGAGUUGCAUCACACGGCCACUACACAACAGACACGCAACGGACACGCAACAUGUCGGCCGGCGGCCCCCCCUGGAGGAACCACAGCUUCACCCUGGGAGGAGGCGGAGACCCUCCUCUGUCCGACCAGGGAGAGACCAUCAUAGGGGUCUACCUGCUGCUGCUGGGCUGGUUGUCGUGGUUCGGGAACAGCGUUGUGUUGUUCGUCCUCUACAGACAGAGGACGUCUCUGCAGCCGACAGACUUCCUGACCCUGAACCUGGCCGUGUCUGACGCCAGCAUCUCCGUGUUCGGAUACUCCAGAGGGAUCAUCGAGAUCUUCAACGUGUUCCAGGAUGGAGGCUUCCUCAUCUCCUCCAUCUGGACCUGUCAGGUGGACGGCUUCUUCACGUUGGUGUUCGGUCUGAGCAGCAUCCACACGCUGACAGUGAUCAGCAUCACGCGCUACAUCAAAGGCUGCCACCCCAGCAGAGCGCGUCACAUCAGCAGCAGCAGCGUCUUCCUGUGUCUGCUGCUCAUCUGGACCACAUCUGGGUUCUGGUCUGGAGCUCCGCUCCUGGGCUGGGGCGGCUAUACAGAUCGAGGGUACGGUACCUGUGAGAUCGACUGGGCCAAAGCCAGCUACUCUGGUGUCUACCGGUCCUACAUCGUGUCCAUCCUGGUCUGCUGCUUCCUGGUCCCGGUUCUCAUCAUGCUCUUCUGCUACGUGUCCAUCAUCAACACGGUAAAACGCGGCAACGCUCUGUCAGCAGAGGGCGACCUGACCGACCGCCAGAGGAAGAUCGAGAGGGACGUCACCAUCGUGUCCAUAGUGAUCUGCACGGCCUUCAUCCUGGCCUGGUCCCCCUAUGCGGUGGUCUCCAUGUGGUCGGCCUUCGGCUUCCAUGUUCCAAAUCUCACCAGCAUCUUCACACGUCUCUUCGCCAAGUCUGCCAGUUUCUACAACCCUCUGAUCUACUUCGGCCUCAGCUCCAAGUUCCGUAAAGAUGUGGCGAUCCUGCUGCCGUGUGCCGGUGACGCCAAAGACGCUGUCAAGCUGAAGCGCUUCAAGCCCCAAGCCGACGGCCGCCCCGCAAUGGGGGCCGGAGCCAAACUCAAGCUGCCCCUCAACCGGCCAGAGAAGAAGUAUUCUGCUGGGAACCAGUCUCCGCCCCUGGACCAGCCCUGCACGCCGCCACCCGUCAGCAAGGAAUUGUUCUACAUAGACAUGCCCCGCCCCUCCGACGCCAACUUCGAAUGUGAAAGACUCUGAUGGAUGAAUAUGAUUGGCUGAAACAUCCAUCACUGAACCCCAAAAUCUGCUGCCUGGUUUAGAAGACGCCAGAGUUCCACCAUUUAUCUGUGGUUCCAAGAAGAACCAAAUGUGACUUUAAAUAUUUUAUCAAAAUCACAAAAUAAACUCCAAAAGUAUCUGCUCAAUCCAGGUUAACCAGGUCCAGUAAAACCAGGAAGACCUUUCAUCUUCCAGACCCGCCAGUUGGUUUCUUCUGAAGCUCCUACUAUCACCUGCAUCUGAGAACCUCCACAGAAGUUGAGGAGACAACAUUAGUCCAGAGUUUAACAUCUGAGAAGAAGCAUGGUGGACAUGAUGGUUCCUGGGUUCUCACUCCUUCUUCAUGCUGCUCUGGUUCCACAAAGCUGCAGGACUUUAAAAUGGACCAGAACCUGUUCAGAGUUCAGCUGUUUGGUCCAGAUGACUUCUUGGAUCAACAACCUUCAAAUAUCUCCUCAGAUUCUCUGUUUUUGUCUCAGUAAAUUAAAUAAAAAUGAGAUGAAGCCCUGAUGUGUUUCUGGACCUUCUGAUGAAGAACAGCAGGUGGAUGGAAGCUGGAAAACACAGGAACAAACAGAUUGAUAUGUUUUUCUAAUCUAUUAUGGACAUAAACACUGACUUUAAUCUCUUUUUUUUGGAUAAAUGAGACGUUUCUAUUUUACAUUUUAAUGACUGUGUGUAGUCCAGACUGACGUUACUGAUUUAACUUUAGAUUCAUUCCAUGAACUCAUCGGUGGUUUUAGUUCUGUGAAGCUGAAUCUGAGUUCUUAACCCUCAAGGGACCGAGUGUAGUCAUUUACGACCCCAGCCAUAUAAUUAUAUUUGCCAUUUUUAUAUCCUUUAUCCAAAAAAUGUUUCCUGCCAUGAAUUUGUCAAUCUACUUGUACAGCUGCUCAUAGUUUUUUGGAGAGAUCGGCCAACUGGUGUGACAAGGAUAAUGGAAACUUGUCAGAAAGAUGUAUAGGUUUUUCACUUUUGUAGGCUUUGGUUUUAUUUAUUUCUACCUCUAAUCGCUAUAUUUCAGUGUUUUGCAGUGCACUAUAGCUGCCUUGGGGCAGACUGACGCACCAAUGUUACACAGCAUACACAUUCAUACACCAGUGUAAGUGGCAGCAUUGGAGGUAAGGUGGGUAAAGUGUCUUGCCCAAGGACACAACAGCACAUGACUAGGACAGAGUGGAAAUCGAACCGCCAACCCUUCAAUCGUUGGACGAACGGCUCUGCCCCCUGAGCCACAGCCGCCCCUAAUCUAAAUACUUCUCUGCAUGUUACAUCGCACACAUACAGACAAGAUGUUUGUGUAGAUUUUGUUUUUAUGUACUUUUGAUUUACUAUUGAGGAAACAAAAGGAAUAAAGUUUUAAAAGAAGUGGCAGACAAAGCGUGUCUAAAUAAAUGUUAUUGUGUUCUUACAAUGCAUCAUAUUGUUCAUAUGGUUUUACUUUAGCUCUGAGUCAAAAAUGAUUAAAAUCCAUGAAUAAUUACAGAAGGUUACUUUAGAAUAUCCAUCUUAAAAUACAGUGGAGUGGAAUAGGUAAGAAAGCACAAAAAGAGGCACUAAAGUAGACGUAUUCCUGUGUAAAAUAUAGUGGGGUCAUAAAUGAGCCCAGUCGGUCAUUUUAGUCACUGAAAUAGCUUGGUCGCCUCAGGGUUAAAUGUGAAGACGUUUUACUGAGGUGUUUUGUCAAUCCCAUGAUUAAAUUAAACCUCUAAAAGCCAAAA